CAGAAUCACCUUGGGUCAGGGCGCCAAGAUGGCGUCCUCCGCCUCCGCUCGCACUCCGGCGGGGAAGCGAGUGGUCAAUCAGGACGAACUGCGGCGCUUGAUGAAGGAGAAGCAGCGUCUGAGCACCAACCGGAAACGGAUAGAAUCUCCAUUUGCGAAGUACAACCGUUUGGGGCAGCUGAGCUGUGCCCUGUGCAACACCCCGGUGAAGAGCGAGCUCCUGUGGCAGACUCACGUCCUGGGAAAGCAGCACCGGGAGAAAGUGGCCGAGCUGAAAGGCGCGAAGGAAGCCACCCAGGGUCCGUCCGCCAGCUCAGUGCCUCAGUCAGCCAAGAGGAAGGCGUCGGAGGCGGACGGUCAAGAUGCCAAAAGACCCAAGGCCUCCCCGCUGCCCCAGGUACAGCCCUCCACAUCCGCUUUGUCCACCAACUUUGACAAAGCAGGGAAGGAGUCCACUAGAGCGACCCUCAUUAAGGUUUCAGGACUCGGUUUACUCCCUGAUUAUGAAGAUGAGGAAGAGGAGGAGGAGGAGGAGGAGGAGGAGGAGGGAGGAGAAGGGAAAAGGGGAGACGCCGGCAAGCAGCCGCCCGAUGCACAGGGCAAGGAACACUCGCUUUCCUCCUCGAGGGAGGCAACAAGUAGUAUGCUGCCAAGCGGCUUCUCGGAUACAAAUCCUCCCAAGGCCCCUUUAAUUCCUCAUUCAGGGUCCAUUGAGAAAGCAGAAAUACAUGAAAAAGUAGUGGAAAGGAGAGAAAACACAGCGGAAGCAUUACCGGAAGGCUUUUUUGAUGACCCUGAAAUAGACGCUAGGGUUCGAAAGGUUGAUGCCCCAAAGGAUCAGAUGGACAAAGAGUGGGACGAAUUUCAAAAGGCCAUGAGACAGGUCAAUACCAUUUCCGAAGCCAUAGUUGCUGAAGAGGAUGAGGAGGGACGGUUGGACCGGCAAAUUGGGGAGAUCGAUGAGCAGAUAGAAUGUUACCGUCGGGUGGAAAAGCUUCGGAAUCGCCAGGAUGAAAUUAAAAAUAAGCUUAAAGAGGUUCUGACUAUAAAAGAACUGCAGAAAAAGGAAGAGGAGAAUGUUGACAGCGAUGAUGAGGGAGAACUACAAGAUUUGUUGUCUCAGGAUUGGAGGGUAAAAGGGGCUUUAUUAUAGGGUUUCAAAGACCCAAGAUUUCUACACCCUCUACAGUGGUACCAAAAGUGCUGUCUCUGGAUAUGAUCUUGGUUACUUCAUGCCUAACUGGGUUGUUAAGAUACAAUGAACCUGUGAAGAUAGCACUUUGGAAAGUUGGUGUAAAAUAUUUUUGAGGUAAAGUUGUUUUUGAAAUUUUUCCAGUAUUACAUACUAUAUUGCCAACUUUUUACACAUUUACUCAACUGUAUAAUUUUGAGUUAAGUCUGUAAGCUGUAAAUAUUGUACAUAGUUAAAUAUAUAUUUACUUAAGUAA